UCCAAUGAAUGUCAGAAAAAUGGGAGUUCCAAACAAAUUUCCCUCUUGGGGUUAUUUUCCUUUUACUGUAAGAGUAGUUUCCUAUGUGUUUAUUAUAAGUCUUUCCGUCGUUGUCCCCCAGCCCAUGAACGCAGCGUGACGUCAGGUGACAGUCACGUGACGGUUUGUUGACGGUAGAGGAGGGAAGAUGGCGGCGCGCUGGAGCAGCGAGAAUGUGGUGGUGGAGUUUCGGGACGCUCAGGCCACCGCCAUGUCUGUGGACUGCCUGGGCUCCCACGCUGUGCUGUCUGGCCGUCGUUUCCUCUACAUGGUGGACCUGGAGGCGCCAUCGGAACCACCGCGUAAGAUCGGACGUCAUAGUAAGUGGGACGUGGGGACGGUCCAGUGGAAUCCCCAUAAGUCUGAAGGCCACAUUUUUGCCGCCUCGAGUAACCAGCGUGUGGAUCUGUACUCGUGGAGGGAUGGCUGUGGGGAGGCCCACACCUCGCUGCAGGGACACACCCGUGUCAUCAGUGAUCUGGACUGGUCCUGGUUUGAUCCCGAGCUCCUGGUCACCAGCUCCGUGGACACGUACAUCUACAUCUGGGACACCAGAGACACUCGGAAACCCACCGUGGCGCUGUCCGCUGUUGCCGGAGCGUCUCAGGUGAAGUGGAACAAGAAGAACCAGUACCUGCUGGCCUCCAGCCACGACGGAGACGUCCGAGUGUGGGAUAAAAGAAAGCCUAGCACGGCAGUGGAGUACGUGGCUGCUCAUCUGUCCAAGAUCCACGGCCUGGAUUGGCAUCCGGACAACGAGUUCAUCUUCGCCACGUCCAGCCAGGACAACUCUGUCAGGUUCUGGGAUUACCGGCAGCCCAGGAAGUACCUGAACAUCCUGUCGUGUCAGGUGCCGGUGUGGAAGGCCAGGUACACGCCGUUCUCCCACGGCCUGGUGACCGUCAUGGUUCCUCAGCUGCGGCGGGAGAACAGCCUGCUGCUGUGGAGCACGCGGGACCUGAAGAGUCCCGUCCACGCCUUCGUCGGCCACGACGACGUGGUCCUGGAGUUCCAGUGGCGUCCGCAGAAGGAAGGAUGGAAGGACUUCCAGCUGGUGACGUGGUCCCGGGACCAGACCCUGAGGAUCUGGAGGGUGGAUCCUCAGCUGCAGCAGCUGUGUGUCAGCGACGUGGAGGAGCUGAUGGACGGGCUGUCUCUCACCGUGGAGUCUGAGAAGUCCCUGUCGUCUCAGGAGCCGGAGGGACAUCUCAGCAUGGUUGCCCCCGACAACCAGCCAGAUCCAGACGGUCCCCUGACGGCCCUGACCGUGGCCCGUGGUCACCAGGACUCGGCGGCGGGUUCCAGUCUGGCCCAGACUCUGCAGCAGGAGUUCUCCCUGGUCAAUCUGCAGAUCAGAAACGUCAACGUGGAGAUGGACGCCAUGAACCACAGCUGCGUGGUGUCGGCACACUUCGGCAGCCACCAGGUCCGCCUGGUGGUCAAGUUCCCCCCCCAGUACCCCAACAACGCUCCCCCCACCUUCCAGUUCGUCUCCCCAACAACCAUCUCAUCAGCCAUGAAGACCAAGAUCCAGAAGAUCCUGAGAGACACGUCGCUGCAGAAGGUGAAGAGGAACCAGAACUGUCUGGAGCCGUGUGUCCGGCAGCUCGUGUCCUGCCUGGAGUCUGACAUGACCCAGGAGGACAGUCCGGCGUCCGGCCCCUUCGCCCUGCCCAACCCGGUCACUCCAUCGCUGCAGGCGUUUCCCCGAGUCACCAACGUGUACGGCUCAUAUCAGGACGCCAACAUCCCGUUCCCUCGGACAUCCGGCGCUCGUUUUUGUGGCACUGGCUGUCUGGUUUACUUCACCCGACCAAUCAGCAUGCACCGCUCAGCCCCGCCCACGGAGCCCACCCCCAGGUCACUGUCGGCUCUGUCGGCCUAUCACAGUGGAGUCCUGACUCCCAUGAAGAUGCGCUCAGAGUCUCAGAGCACCCUUCGCAUGUACAGCGGUAGUCCAACUCGCACUGACAAAGACACCGUCUCCAUCUCUUCCUUCUACUACAAAGAACGGAAAUCGCGGCGCUUCAAGACGAAGCGGGAGGGCGUGGACUACAGCAGCCGUCCAAUCAAACUGGCCGGGAAGGUGAUCAUCCAGGAGAUCUCCUGUCUGCUGCCGGUGCACAAGAGUCUGGGAGAGAGCUACAUUCUGAAUGUGAAUGACAUCCAGGAAACGUGUCAGAAGAACGCUGCAGUGGCGCUGGCAGUCGGACGCAGAGACGUGGCGAAGGUCUGGGCUCUGGCGGCAGCAGCCACCAGUCAGGACCUGAGUCCAGAUUCUGACCCGGACACGGAGACUCCCUGGGCCCGACACCCGUUUGGACGCCGCCUGCUGGAAACUCUUUUGGAUCACUACAGUCAGAUGAGCGACAUCCAGACUCUGGCCAUGCUGUGCAGCGUCUUCAAGGCCCAGGCUCUGCCUGCAGACUCCUCCUCGCUGUACGGACAUCACUCCUCACGCCUCAAUCCUCAUCACAGAUAUCCCAGCUACACCUCCAGCUCGGUGACGUCGGGCUCGUAUUCCAGCAUGUCAGACUCCAUCAGCACCAGCACCUGGACCACAGUCAGAGACUCAGAGCACGCCAACCCCUGGGGCGAGUCCUCGCCGGACGACUAUCGCUACGGCAGCCAGGGCUACACCGAUCCCCGGGAGCGUGAGCGAGAGCAGCACGACAUGAACAAGAGGCUGCUGGAUCCGGCCAACACGGUGCAGUUCGACGACUUUAAGAAGUGUUACGGGGAGAUCUUGUACCGCUGGGGUCUGCGUGACAAACGAGCCGAUGUGUUGAAGUUUGCGUCCUGCCCCCCUGAACCCCACAAAGGCAUCGAGUUCGGCGUGUACUGCUGCCACUGCCGCAGCCAGGCUCGGGGGACGCAGUGCGCCGUCUGCAAGCGCCUCACCUUCCAGUGCGCCAUCUGCCACGUGGCCGUGCGCGGAUCCUCCAACUUCUGCCUGAGCUGCGGCCACGGAGGACACACCAGCCACAUGAUGGACUGGUUUCGGCGGCAGGACGAGUGUCCGGCCGGCUGCGGCUGCCACUGCCUGCUGCAGAGCACCUUCUGACGCCACGGCGACCGAGGCCGGGACCGAGGCCAGGACCGAGGCCGGGACCGAGGCGGGGCUAGGCCCACCUACGGGAGUGAAGACGGACAAGUGAAAGACUCAUAUGAGAAAACACCAACUAUUGAAUAAAGAGAAUUGAAUGGA